AUGGAAUUCUGCGGGCAGCAAGUGGUUCUGAUCAGUGGGUGCUCUCAAGGAGGCAUAGGCCACGCCCUGGCACGUGCGUUUGCUGCGGAGGACUGUCUGGUGGUGGCUACGAGCAGGUCACUGAGCUCCAUGGCUGACCUUCAGGAGGACCCAAGGUUCUUUUUACAAGAGCUGGAUGUGGUUUCAGAUGAGAGUGUGGAUCAUGUUGUGUCUAGUGUUUUGGAGAAGUACGGCCGAAUUGAUGUGCUGGUCAACAAUGCUGGGAUUCAAUGUGUUGGUCCACUUGCAGAAGUCCCUCUCUCUGCUCUGCAAAGCACUUUUAAUACCAAUGUUUUUGGUUCCAUGAGGUUGAUACAAGCUGUUGUCCCUCACAUGGCAUCAAGGAAAAAGGGAAAGAUUGUAAAUCUUGGAAGUGUUACUGUUUUGGCCCCUGGACCAUGGGCUGGUGCUUACACAGCAUCCAAAGCUGCUCUUCAGGCACUUUCUGAUUCUUUAAGAUUGGAACUCAGGCACUUUGGGAUCAAUGUAAUCACUGUUGUACCUGGAGCUAUUAGGUCAAAUCUUGGAAAUUCUGCUUUAGCCGGCUACAACCAGAUGCCUGAAUGGAAAUUAUAUAAACCUUUUGAAGCAGCAAUCCGUGCUAGAGCAACUAUGUCACAAGGAAUCCAUUCAACCUCUGCCGAAGAGUUUGCAAAAAGGACUGCGGCUGCCGUUCUGAAGGAGAAUCCACUAGCUUGGUUCUCCUAUGGCCACCACUCUACCAUUUUCGCAAUCUUGUAUCAUCUGCCACUGUUCGUAAGGGAUUUUGUCAUGAAGAAAGCAAUGAAAUGUUGA